AUGCCAUACGUGCGGUUGGGAAAGAGUGGAUUGAAAGUAUCGCGAUUAAUCCUGGGCAUGGCAACUUAUGGUACUAAGAAAGAUGUUGCGUGGCGUAUCGAAGAAGAGGAAGCACUCAAACACUUAAAGAAAGCUUGGGAGUUGGGCUUCAACACGUUCGAUACGUCCAACUUCUACUGUAAUGGUAUUAGCGAGGAGAUUUUGGGGAAAUUCCUCAAAACUGUUCCACGUGAGUCGGUUGUUGUGAUGACCAAGUCCUUCCACCCCGUUGGGGACUCCGAGAAGCAGGGGCCGGCAGGCCUUACUAUGACGUCUGGGAACAAUCGGAAGCAUAUCUUUGACAAUGUCAAGCUGGCACUCAAGAGGCUAGACACAGACUACAUUGAUGUUCUGCAGAUUGCAGAAACUAUGACAGCGUUGCACGAUGUUGUAAAGGCAGGCUACGUGCGCUAUAUCGGCAUUAGUAGCUGUUGGGCUUGGCAGUUCCAUGCGAUGCAGAACUACGCCCUGAACAACAACCUCUCGCCAUUCGUGAACUGUCAGAAUCUCUACAAUCUCCUAUAUCGAGAGGAGGAAAGGGAGAUGAUGCCGUUGCUGAAUUACUUAGGCGUGGGCUCAACACCAUGGAGUCCUCUCGCAAGAGGUCACUUGGCCCGACCGCUUUCUCGUGCGUAUGAGACUGUCCGCUCAACUUCAGAUGCUUAUCACGAUGAAGGCCUGCUUGGUGUCGAGUGGGAGAAAGAAGUCAAUCGAAGGGUUGAGCAGCUAGCCCAGAAGCGGGGAUACAACAUGGCUCAAAUCGGUCUUGCAUGGAUUCUUCAUAAGGAUACCGUGGCUGCGCCCAUUGUGGGCGUGUCGAAGAUUGAGCGAUUUGAAGAGACCCUAGCCGCAUUGGAGAUUGAACUGAGUGAGGACGAGAUCAAAUUUCUUGAAGAGCCUUAUCAGCCGUGA